AUGGGGAGACUACCAGAUCCCAACAAAGAGGUUGCAGAGGAGUUUGUAACCUAUUACAAGCAGCUUUUGGGUUCAGAGGAGGCUUGCAGUCUAGUAGACCCUCAAGUUAUUGACAGAGGUCCAACUUUGAAUGAAGAACAAGCCAAAGUGAUGGUGGAGGUUGUCAUUGGUGAGGAGAUUAAGGAAGCUCUGUUCAGUAUUGGGGAAGACAAAUCCCCUGGUCCUGAUGGAUAUUCUUCAGGAUUCUUCAAGGGAGCUUGGGAGGGAGACUAUAGACCCAUGUCAUGCUGCAAUGUGGUGUAUAAAGUGAUAGGAAAAAUCUUGGCAAAGAGAAUCAAGCCUUGCCUGGGGAUAGUGGUGAAUGAAGCUCAGUCUGCUUUCAUUAGUAAGAGGAAUAUGAUUGAAAACAUUUUUCUGGUUCAGGAAUUGGUGAGGAAGUAUGGCUUAUAA